AUGUCAGCAAUAAAGGAUCUUCCUUGUUCGCUGCGUCAGUGCUUGUUUACAAACACAGGAACUAAGUACUACGGGGAAGACUUGCCACCGUAUAACGAAAAGGAUGUGGCCGAAACCGCGCACAAACACAAAGAUAACGGCGUUACCGAAACAGUUAAAUUCGGUGACCUUUACGAACGGAAGCUUAUAGCUGUACAAACUCCGUUGCAUGAAUACGUGCUGGAGAGAUGGUACUCGCAACGCUGUAUCGUUAUUGGCGAUGCGGUCCACAAGUUCAAUCCAAUUAUUGGUUUAGGCGGUAUGUCAGCAAUUGAGACAUGUGCCGCUCUAACGAAUGGCCUGGUUUCUCUGCUCGAAUCUCACAAGGAUACCAAAAUUCCCUCGUCUUCUAUCGAGUCUGUCUUCCGAACCACCCAGGAAGUUCGCAAGCCUCGCGCCACUACUCUAGUGGACGUCUCGAGGAAUAUACAGUACAGAUUCGCUAUGGAAACGCCGUUGCUUAAGUUUUUCAAUCGGUACUACUUUCCAGGCAUGGGUUCCAGAUCAGCGUUGCGAUUGCUUUCGGAAGCAUAUCCAGGAGCUGCCAGUGUGAAGACACUGCCCGUACCAAAGCAACCACGUGCUCUACCGUAUGAAGACGAGCUUUUGCAACAACCUGUUCCUAGGAAUGCGUUGCUGAGUAGAAUUACUGUGGUUGCUUUGGUUGGUAUCUUCUUGUUCCGUUGCAAUGCAGUCGGGACAAAUGCCUGGCCGCUUCAGGAUGGUUCUGGGUUUAGAUUUUUAAGCUUGAAAAGAGCGCUUUGGGAUUUCCUCACUGGCUUCUCAUCCAAAACAGGAAGCAACUUGCAAGCAAGCUACUUCUUCAUCUUAGUGACCUUUCCUCUCAUUGCGAUUAUUUUGAUUGAGAGCUAUCGGAAGAGGAAUACAUGGUCUUCAGUUUGGUGUUCCACGUUAUGGAUUACUGCCGCCCAACUUUUUGGUAUUAGUACUGUUUUACCGCUGUAUAUCCUGGCUUUCUUCAACGGUUCAAAAGGUACAGCCUACUGGAUGCCCGCAGAGCGUUCUAUCUCAAAGAUAGCCGGCAAAACUCUCUUGAUAUCUUUGCUCGUUGGCCUCUUUUCGCCUGCUGUAUUUACAGCUUUGUAUGGCGUUGCUGAGGUUCAGAGGGCCAUUAGUUUGUGGCAAGCCACACCAAUAUUAGUGAGUGUGCUGUGUUCACUACUCACAAAACUUUUCGAUGGCCCUAUUGUCCCGAAAGAUGACAAAGCUCCAGUGGAAGACUAUCAAGGAUAUGACCUGCCGUAUACGAGGAUGUUGUAUAAGAUUGUCUUCUUCGUUGCGUCUGCAGCUCAUUUAGCCCUUGUGUCGGGAAUGGGCAUUUUGAGUCGGAGUUGGGAGAACAAAGCUUUGGGGUACGAUCUUCUUUCCGUUGCGCUGACGGUAAUUAUUUGGGCGGCUAUGAAUGUUCAGGAUAUGAAGCGGGUGGGCAUCUCUUCGCUGUCAACUUGGAAAUCUGCUGGCCUUUUGCUCGGAAAUCAGUUGUUGAUUGGGCCCGGGGCCACAACGGUGGCGUUUUGGAAAUGGCGCGAGGAGAAGAUGGCAAAGCCCGAGUUGAGGGUUUUGUAGUGUAUGCAAGGUAUAUAUGUGGGGUCCCUUGUGGC